AGCACACUCGUGCCACUCGACGUCACGACUUUUUAGUCCCUCAAUUCUACAAAUCUCGAUAUACACCAGACCUCCAUCCAACAAUCUAAUCGCCCAUGGACCUUUACAAUUAAUCAUAUCGAAAGAAGCUCCUCCCUCAACUUUGAACCAACCAUCCUUCCAGAACCGCAUUCACUUUCCUGCACCUCUCGUCUCCUCCCGUCUCGUGAUCGCCUCACACAAAGCAAUCGCCAUCACCACCGUCUCCCUCAACAACAGGUCACAUAAUGUCCAACCCAGGGCCCGCCCCCGAUGGCCCAUCGCCUCUUUCUGCAACAGCACUUCCCUCCAGCUUCGACUCAGACCCCGAUUUCUUUGAAGAAUCCCGCUUCCAGAAACUAUGGCGCAAGCUUCGACAGGAACCAUUAAUUCCAGUCGGCUGCGCUGCUACCUGCUACGCCCUCUACAUGGCUACCAAAUCUAUUCGACAGGGGGACCAUCAUCAGACAAAUCGUAUGUUUCGCGCCCGUAUCUACGCCCAGGGUUUCACUCUUCUAGCUUUGGUCGCUGGUUCCAUUUUCUACAAGGACGAGAGGGUUCAGAGGAAGAAGUUCGAGGCCGCGCUCGAGGAAAAGAAGACGGCUGAGAAGAGGGACAAAUGGAUUCAAGAGCUCGAGGCCAGAGAUCGUGAGGAUCAGUUAUGGAGAGAGAAGAUUGAGGCUCAACAGCGAGACGCCGCAAUUGCUGUCCAGAUGGCCGAAAACCCCGACAACCAUGGCUCUCUCGGCAUCAUGGACCAGAUCAAGGCUCAGCAACAGCAGACCGAUGCAGUCCCGGAUGCGGAACCUCAAGGGAACGAGACCACCAAGCAAAAGGGCAUCUUCAGUUGGUUUGGGAAAAAGGAUUCGGAUUCUUGAGCACCAUGACUUUGAUAAACUCCUCUCACUACAACAAAAGCUCGAUUUUCAAAUCACAUCCAUCCGUCUCCCACAAGCACACAUCUUCACACGAAGACUCUGCCUACAAGGUCCGAGGAACCCCCUUCACCCGGUUCUGGACCAAAUCUCUAUCCCCUUCUGCGAUCUCUGCUCACAUGAAUCUGAGAACGCCAUGGCCUCCACUCGAUUGGCUUCUACGACCCUUCUCUCCGAGAACUUAUUGAUCUUGUCAACCAGUUUCAAGGUUUAUUGGACGGCGCGAGUAUCGCAUUCGGAACUCAAAGUUCAAUAUGAUGGGCUGUGAGACACUUGUGUUUGUCACGUGACAUUUGCCCCACCAUGAAUAGCCAUGUACUUCUAUACGGGGCCCGGCGUCUAGCACUCUGUAGGCGACUUAGCGUUAGUUGCAGCUGCUACUCGGGAUAUACAUUUUGUAUAAGUUAACGUCAACUUUCUGCUUGGCCGAUUAACUUUCUCUGCCAUGCGGUAGAUGUUAGAAGAGAAAUCCCCUCGGAAGCCAUAAAUUACGUCUUAAUUGACCUCUGGCAUGUGCCUAUGCUAUGGCCUCAAGUUGUUCUUCCAAUUAAAAGAUUCAACGACCAGUCGUUUCCUCAGGGGCUUUAGUGGAUAUUGUCACGUGAUAGUAUUGAGGUUCCAUCAAAUUGAUGACUAUAUCACAAAUGUCCGCAA